AUGUCGCUAGUGGACAAAAAACAUGAUGAGGCUUUAUCGCCUACUCCAUCAAAUGUCGGUCAGGUUACCGAUAGUUACGCUCAUGAUGCUGUGUUUGGUGAAAUCACAGAUGAAGGUCCUAAUUAUCGCAAUGUAGGAUGGCUUGGAACAGCUGUUCUCAUGAUGAAGACCCAGAUCGGUCUCGGUGUCCUUUCUAUCCCUGUUGCCUUCGAUUCACUCGGCAUCGUUCCCGGCGUAAUAGUGCUAUGUGCUAUCGCGGGUAUCACUACAUGGUCGGACUACAUCAUUGGAGUCUUCAAGGUUCGCCAUCGUGAGGUGUAUGGAAUUGAUGAUGUUGGAGAAUUACUCCUUGGUAAAACCGGGAGAAUUAUUUUGGGAACAGCCUUCGUUCUCUGGUGGGUAUUCGUCGCAGGCUCCGGAAUGCUGAGCAUCUCGAUUGCCUUGAACGCCGUGUCGAGCCAUGCCACUUGUACCGCUAUCUAUGUCGCCGUUGCCUUUGUGAUAACAUUCAUUCUGGGCAGUAUCCAGACACUAGGACGUAUCUCUUGGAUUGCCUGGGUGGGUCUAUCAUGUAUUCUAACCGCAAUUAUGACUGUUACCAUCGCGGUUGGUAUCGAAGACCGCCCAGCUCUAGCCCCCAAAGACGGCGUUUGGCAAUCGGACUACAAAAUUGUGACUAGUGCAUCAUUUUACAAAGCAAUUUCAGCUGUAACCACGAUCGUAUUUGCGUAUGCCGGCACCCCAGCUUUCUUCUCCAUCGCGUCCGAGAUGCGCGAUCCCCGUCAUUAUAACCGCGCUCUUAUACUCUGCCAAACAGUCGUCACCUGCUUCUAUAUCGCUGUUGGUGUUGUUAUCUACUAUUACUGUGGAUCAUAUGUCUCCUCGCCUGCUCUUGGAUCUGCCGGUGCGACAGUGAAGAAAGUCAGCUAUGGCUUUGCCCUGCCUGGAUUGAUUGCCAGUACUCUACUUUUCAUCCACAUUACUGGCAAAUACAUUUUUGUCCGCCUCCUUCAAGGCUCCCGACACCUAGUUGCAAACACAGUCACCCACUGGGUGGUCUGGCUCUCCUGCACAUUUAGCGUUGCUAUUUUCGCAUACAUAAUUGCGAGUGCGAUUCCCGUAUUCAGCGAUCUCGUUUCUCUCGUGGGUGCUUUACUCGGUACACCCAUGUGUUUCCAGCCCAUGGCUGGUAUGUGGCUUUACGACAACUGGAGUCGACCUAAGCGAGAUUGGAAAUGGAUGGCGAUGGUCGCCUGGUGUGGCUUUGUUAUUAUCUCUGGAACCUUCCUCAUGAUUGCUGGUACAUAUGGGUCGGUUAUUGCUAUUAUUGAUGAUUAUAAGGCAUCUGGUGGAUCGGCUGCCUGGACUUGUGCCGACAACUCAUCUUCGUAG